GAAAAGUUUCUCUUUCACCAACCCAAGCUGUUUAGUAGUUUGGCCAAUGUUAACAAAAACUCAAUAACAACCGGAGCUGAAUAAGAAACUCUCUUAUUCGUGAAUGAUCCCAUGCAGCCGAGACCAGGAUUGUAAUCUGAGCAUCUCAACUCAAAUUCUUCAACUUACCACUCCAACGACGUCGUAUUUACCAGUUACCACCAUUUCUUAUUUCUUUCGCAGGAUCAGCUGCAAGCUUACAUUAUGGAAUCUGCUAGUGCAUUAAGUAAGCAGGGGAGUCAUCCCAUCUUGUCUUUUGGCGUAAUCGCUGAUGUUCAGCAUGCUGAUAUUCCUGAUGGCCGCUCUUUUAUUGGCGUUCCACGGUAUUAUCGUCAUAGUAUUCUUAUAUUACAGAGAGCAGUGCAGAGAUGGAAUGAGGACAAGAAGCAUAAAUUUGUCAUCAAUUUUGGGGACAUUGUUGAUGGUUUUUGCCCGAAAGAUCAAUCUUUAAGUACAGUAAAAAAAGUAGUUGAAGAAUUUGAGAAAUUUGAUGGCCCUGUCUAUCAUAUGAUUGGUAAUCACUGCCUCUACAAUCUUCCUCGUGACAAGUUACUUCCGAUGUUGAAGAUUCCAAGCAAGGACGGUUGUGCUUACUACGAUUUUUCUCCAACGCCUGAGUUCAGAUUCGUUGUCUUGGAUGGCUAUGACAUAAGUGCAAUUGGUUGGCCUCAAGACCAUCCCAAAAGAUUGGAGGCUGUGAAAUUUCUCCAGGAGAAGAAUCCAAAUAUGGAAAAGAAUAGCCCCGAGGGACUGGUUGGCCUCAAGAGAAGGUUCCUCAUGUUUAAUGGAGCAGUAGGGAAAGAACAACUUAAAUGGUUAGAUGGCAUCCUUCAGCAAGCAACAAACAUGAGGCAAAAAGUAAUGAUCUGUUGCCACCUGCCUUUAGAUCCCGGCUCAACAUCUCGUGAAGCUCUUCUAUGGAACUACGACGAAGUAAUGGAUCUGAUACACAGGUACACUUGUGUAAAGGUUUGCAUAGCUGGUCAUGAUCACAAAGGUGGGCAUUCAAUUGACUCUCAUGGAAUACACCACAGAGUUCUUGAAGCUGCCCUUGAGUGCCCUCCAGGAAAUGAUGCCUUUGGAUAUAUGGAACUUUAUAACGAUAAAUUAUCGCUUAUUGGUACUGAUCGGAUGGAGAGUACUGAAAUGUGCUUCAGUCCUUAAGCAGACAAUUGAUAAAGCUUGGGAGACUAAGAAAGUUUCUUUAUGUCCAUAUGCCAAAAACUCCAACAUAUUCAGAAGCUGCAUACUUUGGUAAAGUAACUUUGUCCAUAAGUGUUGGAAUAAAACCAUUGUUCCCAUGACUUUAACUUCAUCUUUAGAUACUUUCAUGUGUAAACUUUUCUUUCUCAAUUAGCUAAGUCUUAGAGAAGUUAUUGGACCUGGGAUAUCUGCAUCAAUGAAAGCUUUACUAUUGUUAGGCUUUCCUCUCCGACAAUUUUAUGGAAGAUAUAAAGGGAACUAAGUCUAAAUGUAAAUCUUGAUGACAUGUUUUUAAAUCUUCAAUUCAUAAUGUUUCAAUCUCCA